AUGUUAAAGCUCCUUCAGUACUUGUUUGGAGUUAGGGACAUUAGUCCAAACCAAACGUGUGGUGCUGCACAGGCACCCGGUAUGCGCGUUGCAUCCUGCCUAAUUAAGGAGCAUUGUUGUUCUAAUACCACUGCAGAAUCCGAGUCUUUUAUUCCAGAUAUUGUUAUCCAACGGUCCAGAUUUCCCUGCACAACAUGUACGCGUAUUAAUAUCGUGUGCGAUCGGAGUUAUCCUCGAUGCGCUCAUUGCUUGCGGGAGCAAACACCAUGUUUCUAUAUUCUUAAGCGGAACCGGAAAAAGCAGCAACUUGAACCGGCCUAA